UUUGCAUAUUUAAAACCGAAUGAAAACGGAUUAAAUAUACAAACGAACCGAAACCGAAACCGAACAAAACGAAAACCCCACCACCAAUUGACAAAUUGACAAACAUGAAUCGAACCCAUGAAUAUUGCCAUUGAACAAAAUGAAAAUCGAAUGCACAUCGAUAAAUGCAUUUAGGCCCGUCGGCUUCUGGGGCAAAAUUGUCGGCUCUUUGUGCGUGAUCGCUGGUGUGCUGACAAUCGCACUGCCGGUACCGGUUAUCGUCAGUAAUUUCAAUUACUUCUAUCACCGCGAAACGGAUCAGGAGGAGAUGCAGAGCCAAAAUUUCAACCACGUUACAAGUUGUUCAUAUUUACCUGGUGCACUAGGUCAACAUUUGAAGAAAUCCUCACUCUCCGAAUCGUCAUCGGACAUCAUGGAUUUGGAUGAUGGCAUUGAUGCAACCACGCCAGGUCUGACUGAUCAUACGGGACGCCACAUGGUGCCCUUUCUGAGGACGCAGCAAUCCUUCGAGAAACAGCAGCUCCAGCUGCAGCUCCAGCUCCAGCAGCAGCAGCAGGCGCAGCAAGGACAGCAGCAGCAGCAGAUGGGCCAAAACGGCCUCAGGAGCACAAAUAGUUUACAGUUAAGGCAUAAUAACGCGAUGGCUGUCAGUAUUGAGACCGACGUCUGACUACUAGUCAAACAAAUGGAAAAUGGACGAAAUUUGCGCAGUGAAAUGCUACGUUGGAUGCCAGAAACGUCAUCAAAAGCAGUCUAAUUUAGAAUUUUAUUAAUAACUACAAUUAAAAUAAUAAUAAUAAUAAAUAAUAAAUAAUAAUAAUAAUAAUUAGUAAGCAGCGUAGUUGUAAAUUAAACAGCAAAUGUAAAACACACAGCCACAUACUACAGACACACACACACCCACACACACACAGUAAAGAUACACACACACAAACAUACACUCAGUGCCAGUUCACUCAGCUUGAAUUAGAGUAUUCGUAUUCGUAGACACCAUAGAGUCAAACUUGGACUGGCUUUCUAGAACAAUUAUUCUCCUUGUUUUUUUCCUCUUUUUUUUUCUUCACACACAGCCACACACACACACACACACACAACACACACUCGAAGAAAAUAAAGAAAAACUCUACUUGAUACCUAUGUUCAAAUUUAGCAACUAAAACUAACAAUCGUUAUAGUCAACAACAAGAACAACAACAACAACAAAACAGAUAAAAACACUUAAAAAAAAACAAAAUCCAAAAAAAACUAAAAAACUAAAUCGAAUUAUCUUAGUAGACUAAUCUAAUUGGAGUUUCUUCCUUUCUUUAGACGCUAGCAAAACAAAACCAAACCAAACGAAAACAUCCAGACAAAAACAACAAACAAACAAACAAAACAAACAACCAGAAACAAACAUACAAUAUCUACUAAUUUUAUUUUCAACUUUAAAUUAUGCUCUAUUAAUUAAAUAUUAGUCAAAUAUUAGUCAAAUGAAACUAAACUAAAAACUAAAAAAAAACAAAAACAAAACCAAAUACCAAACCUAAGGCAAAAAGCGAUACAAAAACGUGGAGUGGAAGAAGCGGAAGCGAUUGCGACAAUGAACAGCGGCUUGUCGCUGUUAAAGCAGUGCUCCUAUCCUAACCUGCUCUCCAACGUGCAGUGCCCAAGCAGUUGAGCCAACGCACAGCUGCACUGCUUGGCAGCAGUUCUUACACUGCCGGGCGGAUGCGUUGAGAAGGGCAUAUAAUACGCGUAUAGCCAGAGGAAAUAGACAAUUGCCUUCUGAGUCGAGCUUGUCCGUUUGUUCGAAGCUCACAUCUAUAAACUUUCCACCCUUGUCCGAUCACUGAUCACUGACUAACAUUGAUUCGCUGUAGUAAAUCCUUAAAGCUACACGGACGAAUGGCAUUCGCCGCUGCGUACUUAGAAAAUCAUCGAAUCUUAACAAAGAAAGUUACAUUUAGAUUGGUCUCCGUUGCUAGAUAAAUACAAUUCAGAUUGGAAAACGAUCAAAACCAUGGGAUAACAACUAUAAUUUUACUGCCUCGCGACACAGCAAAUCAGCUGUUGUACUUGCCCUCAUCGACUAGUUGCCAGUGUCAAAUCUACAUAAGCGGAAGUAUCAGCCAUGUUCAUUCGGGAAGGUCGUAAAGUCUGGCCCUCUUAGGUGGUUAGGGCUAAGGUGCUGCUUAAGUCCUGCAUUCACUGAAAAAGAGACAA